CCUGAGGUGAGCACUGUGCUGCCGGCCUGAGCAUUCUUACCUGAGGUGAGCACUGUGUGGCCGGCCUGAGCAUUCUUACCUGAGGUGAGCACUGUGCUGCCGGCCUGAGCAUUCUUACUGAGGUGAGCACUGUGCUGCCGGCCUGAGCAUUCUUACCUGGGGUGAGCACUGUGUGGCCGGCCUGAGCAUUCUUACCUGGGCUGCAGAGUAUGGGGUCGGCGUCAUGUGUGGUGAUGGUGGUGAUGGUGAUGGUGAUGGUGAUGAUGGUGACGGGGCUCAAGGGCGUGAGUAUGGACGCGGAGGCCACAGGCAGCCUCCCCCCACUAGAAUAUACGCGCAGGUCCGUCCUAGAUCAAAAGGGCAAGUAUGUUGUCAUGUGGGCGCCAGGAGACAACCAAGUCAUCUUCGAAGUUCAGGUGGCGACGAAGGGGUACGUGGGUCUCGGGUUCUCCCCCAACGGUGGGAUGAAGGCCGCCGACAUGGUGCUGGGCUGGGUGGACGACUCCGGGAAGGUUUUCCUGCAGGAUCGGCAUUCUACCGGGUACGCAGUACCAAUUAUAGAUGAGUCUCAGGAUGUGGAGCUGCUGGGAGGGUACCAGAACGACACCCACACCGUGCUGAGGUUCUCACGACCCUGGAAGACUUGCGACCUUCAAGCAGACCUCCAGCUCUCCGACGAGACAGUGAAGUUGAUCUGGGCCAUCGCCGCCAACGAUCCCACGGACGAGAUGACAAUGAGGAAACACAGCGAGCGAGGGACGAAGAGCCUCUACCUGCAGUCUCCUGAGCUCGUCUUCCCCACCCCUGGAGGGGACGUGAAGGCCUGGGACCUCCUCUCUCCCAACGUUAGUCUGCCGAACGACCUGAGGACCCUGUACUGGUGCAGUAUGAACAAGAUACCGCCCCUCACCUCCAAAACCCAGGCCAUUGGGUUUGUCCCAUUGAUCGAGGAGAAGAACAUGCAGCACGUGCACCACAUCCUGGUGUACGAAUGCCACGUGCCUGACAGUGCCAGGCACUUCGAAAAGUGGCUGGGCAUGCCGGGGCUCCAGUGCUACGGCCCCAACAUGCCGGUGUCUUGGACCUACUGCUCCAUCCCCGUCUUCGCCUGGGGCAUCGGAGGGGAAGGCGAUUUAUAUCCGGAAAACGUGGGUCUUCCCCUGGGUGAGGAGUACGAAGGCGCCACCUAUUUCUUGAAGGAAAUUCAUUAUGACAAUCCUGACCUCAAGCAAGAUAUCGUGGACGCCUCGGGUCUACGCGUCUUGUACACGGAGACGCUGAGAGAGCACGACGCCGGGGUGCUGACCAUCGGCCAUGACAUCAGCCCCUUGCUGGUCGUCCCUCCUGGCACACACUGGCUCACUGUAGGCAUCUGUCACCCCGACUGUACCCAGCAGGGUUUACCUGAGGAUGGAAUAAAGGUGUUCGAAGUGCUGCUUCACUCACACAUUCUGGGGUCAAAGAUGAAGAUCCGGCAGAUCAGGCAAAACCAGGAGCUGGAACCACUCGUGCAAGACUUGAACUACGACUUCAGUUUCCAGCACCAGAGGCCAGUGAACAACAUAAGUGUUCUCCGCGGGGACGCCCUCAUCCUUGAGUGUGACUACGACUCCACCAGCCGCGACCACACCACCUUCGUGAGUUCUGGCCACUGCUUGAAAGCACCAAAUUUCCCGUUAAAAUAA